AUAUCCUUUCAAUGAAGCCCAAUUACCACGGUAAUAUAAUAUCCCCGCCACAUGAUCAGCUCCUACAUGUGACCUUUCUAUUUAGGAUGUUUUCAGGGCUUGACGUGGAUUUGUCACCCACUCUUUUCACUUUGACGCGAUGCAAUUAUGCGAAGGUGUUUCUUGUUACCCAAACAUGGAUGCAGUUAAGCCCCCCCCCACCGCUGCACCAUCUUCCUAUUCUGGGAGGAGUCCCAGAAUAGGAAUGACUUUGAUCCACACAGCAUCUCAUGUUGCCCCCAUUCCCUCAGCAUCCCUGCCCAGGUGUCUUUGUGAGGGAUCACUUACAACAAAGUGAUGAUCCAAUCCCUUAAUGUCCAACUCUAUGGGGUCAUAAUCUGUAGCCUUCCGGAAGUGAUUAAAAGCACCAAUUGGAACAAUUAAAGCUGCAUUAGCGGUGGGUAUCUGGUACUUUCAGAACUACAUCAGUGUUUAUGCAUUAUGAGAAUUUGUGUUUUUUUUUGUGAUAUUCCUGUAUGCUUUCAGAAGUGCACACAAGCUUGAGCCAGUUCUUGAUCAAUUCUAUCCUCUGCAGGGUGUCAGCAGGAAGGUUCUCUUCUUGUGCAUGUGGUGGCAUUACUCUUAAUUGCUUGAUCUGCCUGGCGUCUCCUGCUCUGGAGCAGCCAGAUUAGACAGCCUGCUCACUCGGUAGCUGCUGGAUCCACUUCCACGCACACCCUCAACCCUACCCCCAAUGACCCGAAUACCCCCACCACCCCACCCCGCACUGCAUGCACACACCCAAAAUUUCAUGACACCUCUCAUGACACCAUUUCACAUGCCGUUAAAGUAAUUCACAAUGUAAGGCUUAAACAAUCAGUUACAGUACAUAGAUUUAAUGUUUGUUGUAAUUUGCAGUGGAUAUCAUUAGCUUGACCAAUGGAGUGUCCACUCACUAUAUAUUACAAUACAUGACAUUUACAUAGCAUUUUUUGUCCCGACCCUUCAUUUUGGUUAACAAUGCUAUUUAAAUAAUCAGAAAAUGUUAAGACUGUAAUACCACAGAUAUGUAGGGGGAAAAAAAACCUUUGUCAAGAUAAAAGUAUUUUAAUAAGAGACUGAGGAAAAAUAUCCUUUUAAAAUUGAUUUGACGGAAACCCUUACAAUGUAAACUGCUAAAAUGAGGCACUGUAUAUCAGAUAUUCAGAUCAAUACAAUUCAAAAUAAAUAAAUUGUACAUGUACAAUUUAUACAAUACUUAAAAAUAACUUAAACAUAAAAAUGUAAAAACUGCAAAAUGAACAAUCCAAACAAUUAUGAUACGUUCAUAACCCCAUUAGUUUAAAUUAAUUAAUAGAACCUUGAUAAUCUAUUAUGAUUAGAAAAAAUACACUUGGACUGAUAAAAUCCCAGCAUGCAUGAACAUAUUAAUUUUUAAAAAAUAUGCUGUUUGACCUAUUAAUACUUUUAUUUUUGUCAUAUUUUUAACAUCAAUAACCUGUUCCAGCUAUAGGGUCAAAUCACCAGAAAUAAAAUUGAAAAUAUAAAAAUCUACUUCUCUGACUUCAUUAAAGCAUUAUUAUUAUUCUCUUGUAUUAAAGACUGUGUGUAGCUGAACCUCUGAUUCAAUUAUUGCAAUACAUAACUCCAGAACAAAUACCACAAAUUAUACAAAAUUCAUCAUAAAUGAUCAUGAUUUUAGAUUAUUUUUAUUGUACACAAAUAGGGAGCAAUAAAUAGACAUUGGCUAUGAUUUAAUAAAGGAAUGGCAAUAUGCAUCAGGGCGGGGGGGCGUGUACAAAUGGAGGAGAGAGAGAUGUCGGUUUAUAUAGAAGCGGCUGUGAGUGAGUGCACGUCUCAUUCACUCUUCUUCUCAACAACACCGCGCAUUAGAACAUUUUCAACACCAUGACAGCGUAGUGUGCUAAUCUCUUCAUUAGUUCUCUCUUGCAAGGUGCGCUGCCUUGUGCCGACGCUUCAUCCUCCACCACCAUCACCACCAACGCCACAGAGGGAGCCGCCAUGCACUGCCAAGCCGAGGUGAGGCUCUCCUCCCCGGGCCAGCUGAAGGUUGCGAGACGGCGCUACAAGACCUUCAUGAUUGACGAGAUUCUCUCCAAGGAGGCUUGUGAUUACUUUGAGAAGUUUUCCCUUUACUCCGUGUGUCCGUCUCUCAUCGUGCGGCCGAAGCCUCUGCACUCUUGUUCGGGCCCCUCAUCACUGCGUGCCUACCCGCUCCUGUCCGUCAUCACACGACAGCCUCCCAACCACCCGGCCCACCUCCCGCAGCCCCCGUCCCCGGGCGGGGUCCCGCCACAUCUGCCCCUACUGUCGCCGCAGCACGGCCGAGUCCCCGAGGCGUCGCCCUGCAGCCAGACGCCGCUCAGCAUCAGCAGCGAGUCGGAGACUGAGCGCAGCACCCCGCGCUUGAAGAAGGCCCGUCGCAGCCGUACUAUCUUCACCGAGCUGCAGCUGAUGGGCCUGGAGAAGAAGUUCCAGAAGCAGAAGUACCUCUCCACGCCGGACAGGUUAGACCUGGCCCAGUCGCUCGGCCUCACGCAGCUCCAAGUGAAGACGUGGUACCAAAACAGACGCAUGAAGUGGAAGAAGAUGGUGCUCAAGGGAGGUCAGGAGGCUCCCACCAAGCCUAAGGGAAGACCCAAAAAGAACUCCAUCCCCACCACCGAGGAAAUAGAAGCCGAGGAGCGGCGGCUGAAGCAGGAGGAAGAGGAGCGCCUGAGGGUGACGGCGGAAACGGAAGCCACGCCUCAACUGGAGCCUGAAGACCUAAGCUCCGCCUCAAAUCCAACCCCGCAGAGUGACAGCGCGGCGAGGGUGGCGGAGGUGCGAGUGACGCCGCUCCUGGUAGCCUCAGAGACUCAAGCAGAGAGCUAAGCAACAACGACAACGCAACCAAAGACUGAUACCACAACACCUGAAAACAAAUAGUGCCUCAGGAUCACUAAAAUGAAAAGCCUUUAGGGUCAUUUGUUACCCACAGACAUGCAAUCUUUAGCGUACUUCCUGGCUCUUUCCUGUGCAUUUGUGCUUGGUCCAACUGUGGCCAACACACCACAAAUGGAUGCCAUUUGUGUCGCCCAUGCAUGUAAUACACAUACAAUGUUGUCCAAUGACGUCAAGUUGGACGGCGGCCAUGUUUUCAAACCAAUCUUGCUCAUAUUUUCCCCACAUGUGCAUGUCAGUACCCUCAAGAUGAGUACCGAAUUUCAUGUUUUCGACAAAAAAGUUAAAGUUACAGUCGGUGUUUUGAGCUGUGGGAUAAAUUUCAAGCCCAACUGACUUCUGCAGGUCAAAUUUUCAUGCCUCCGUGUGGCGUAUAUGUCACAAAAGUAAUAGCACAGGCAACACAGCAGGGGUCAAUGUCCUGACCAAUUUUCACCCAUUUGUGUGCAGCGGUUCAGGAGUAGAAGCUUGCACAAACAACCCCUACCUGUUUUGGAGGUUGGUACUGUAUUGCAUUAGUGAACCACCUUUCCAAAAAAAAAAAUUAAUUAUCAUUUUUCUUGGGCGGCACGGUGGUCUAGAGGUUAGCGCGCAGACCUCACAGCUAGGAGACCAGGGUUCAAUCCCACCCUUGGGCAUCUCUGUGUGGAGUUUGCAUGUUCUCCCCGUGCAUGCGUGGGUUUUUUCCGGGUACUCCGGUUUCCUCCCACAUUCCAAAAACAUGCUAGGUUAAUUGGUGACUCCAAAUUGUCCAUGGGUAUGAAUGUGAGUGUGAAUGGUUGUUUGUCUAUAUGUGCCCUGUGAUUGGCUGGCGACCAGUCCAGGGUGUACCCCGCCUUACGCCCAAAGACAGCUGGGAUAGGCUCCAGCACCCCCCGCGACCCUCGUGAGGAAAAGCGGUAGAAAAUGAAUGAAUGAAUGAAUGAAUCAUUUUUCUUUUAAAAGUAGAACUGCAGAACCAGCCGGUUUCUCCAAAUGCAGUAGCUUAGUCGAGCCUUAAUGUAUCACAACACGAUAUUUAUUGUUACAGAAUUCACUUAUUAUGUCACCAAUCUUGCCUCAGAUGAUGCUUGUGCCAAAAAUAUUCGGGUUUGCCCUACUAUGCUGUAACUAUGUAGCAUGAAAUCACUGCCAAAAAUAUAUAUAUGUACCGUAUAUAUAUAUAUAUGUAAGAAACGUUUGCCGUGCCUUGUCGGUUUUCGGAGGGAAGCAAUUUUUUUCUUUUUAAUUAGAAUUCUUCUCAACAACAUACCUGCCAAGCCAUACACUGUAUCAUACUGUGGAAAUAUAUGUAAAUGAUAAGCUCUGUGGAAAACAGUAUUUUUACCUGCUGUUUGAAAUGGGAUGAUUAUAAAUAGUUUGUAUAUGUCCCGUAGUUCCAGACGCUCUCUUUGUCGUGUCAGGAUGGCUCCUCUUUUCUGCCACAGGAAAGCCAUUAGCAACUUUUAAGCUGUCAAGAGAUUCUUCUGAGGAGAUAAAUCACAGCCUCUUGCCAAAGAUUCAACAUUUAAAGUGUCAGACAUUCUCAGCCUGCAGGCUUUUUUUUUUUUUUGCCUUUAACCGCCUGUGACUGACUUUGCUUCUCCUCCUCACCUUGUAAACUUCUAUUUGCUUAUUGUUUCAUAUGAACAAAUGCAGUAUUUUUCUGAUUUGUAAAUAAAUAACGCUUGUUUGUUGAACUUUCCGGUGUGUGUCUUACACCACGUGUGUGUGUUUAUGUAUUUUAAUGCACUUACCAAUUGAAAGGUUGGAGGUUAUCCUAUGUUUCCACCUUCAUUUCCGUUUUGGUGCUCUUAUUUUGUAUUUCUGUUUCCUGUUUUGACGCCAUAUGCUGCAUCUUGACUUGGGCUAGCAAACCUGCGUCCUGUUGGCAAUUAGCGUGUUAUUGAUCAUCGCGUGUGUUUUUAUUUCCCGCUGCAUUCCUGUGAGCGUCCUGGAAUUAUUUUAUCUUUUUGGGCAUAUUUCUUUUCCCUCGACCUUCCAUGAUGAAUCUACUCAUAUUCCUUCUUGUAUAUUUCGUCUUGCCUAUGGACAUGACAACAGUGAACCUCCAACCUUCUGGGUUGUCCUCUACCUCCUGAGCCACAAUAACCGCAACACAUGCUGGGAGCUGGCAUCAUCAGACUGUACCUCCGGGCUUUUCCCAGGCAAGGAGCGCAAACAUUUCCCUAUCCGAUUUCUCUGAGAACACAAAUGCUGCGCCUGACAAGGUUGCAAGGCUGUGCACUCUGCAGGUCUCUGCAGGAAAGGCCCUCCAGGCUAAUUGUUGCGCAGCGAGGUCCAAGUUCAUCUGCAGGUCACCCUAAGCCUAAGAGCCCUGACCCUCCCCAAAUAUCCACCCAGCCACCCACUAAGACAUCCAUCGCGCACCUUCAACUGUCAGCUUAGCUCGGGCAAUUAGUGGCGAUGUGACACACUAAGUGGGCGCAGAGCAACUCCUCUCGCAGAGGAAGUUGUUUCUAAAUGUUGACUCUGGAUGGCUUUAAGUUGGGUAAAUAAAGGCGGAUGCUCUCUUACGGAGCGCACAAAGCUACCCAUUGUCUCUAAGCAGCCGUGGCAUGAGCAUCGCCUCUUUUCAUGAGCUGCGUGUACAGGACAUGUGAGUGUACUUGGCUGUUAUAUGCUGAGGAGGAUGUCUCACUCUGUCGUCACCUGCUUGGCUCGGGGUUCGUUCUUAAUAAAAAAACAUGUGUAGCUGCAACAAGUUAAGCCACAUUUGACCCUGGAGGAUGCUGGACAGAAUUAUGGGGUUGCUAGAUUACACUUGUCCUUUGUGCUCGCGAGUUAUGGUUAAAAUUGUGUUACAGUGUAUUUGAAAAGAUGGGUGCAUAGUUUCAAAAUUAAUUAUGGAAUGGACUCGAAUGUAAUAUUUAAGACUUAUUUUGUCUUGACGAAAAAGAGUGAAAUACUAUAUUACUGCACUGAUCCAAAUAUAA